CUUUCUUUUAUGACAACACAAACUAUUUGAGUAUUUAAGUUGUCAAGGUUUCCGGGCUACCGAAUAAUGCUUGGAAUUGAAAAUAGUUUGUAAUAUGCAAUAGUCUAUUUAGUACCGCAAUAUUUGGAUUUCAAAUUCCCGGGUCCAAGUAUGGAUUCCGAGGAAAAAGCCAAACAGGCUCUUUCACCCGAGGAAAACAUAUUUGAAGAUAUGCUAAACCUUGCCCUGUCUGUCAAGGAAGCGAGGGAACAAGCGGAUGAAGCUGCGGAUAAAGCCCAUUUGGUAGAAGAAUUGUGCAGAAGGGCUCAGGUAGAGGCGGCUAAUAUAAGAAAAGUGGCUGAAGAUUUGACAUCAACAGCACUAGGUGUUGCAAAAAUUGCAUUGUCAAUUAACAAAUAUCAAACGUUUAGUGAUGCAUACAAAUCUCAUCCUGAAUUUGAAAAAAAGAUCCCUUUGGAUGAGUUGUCCGAGAUGUUAUCGGGCCCAAACAAGAAAUAUGAUAGUAUGCAUUCAGAAAAAAUGGUUGAUUCAUGGACAAAGUCAAAUACUGAGGAGUGUGCAAAAGAUAAAGUUGAUCCUGCGGUACAAAAACCAUUACCCUUUUCAAUGACCAAACAACGGAGAUCUUCUUUACCUUACACGAUAGAACCUGACUUCAGAUAUCGACGGAAUUCCAAGGAAGAAGACCCAAAACGUAAACAUCAUUCCCUCCCCGAUCGUUUCCACACAGAGGAUGAUCCAAGUUUCAAGACACAGUCUAACUACAAUCGUGACAUUCUGAGGGAAAUCGAUGAAAAAAAGACUGAGAAAUUUACCGAAAAAUACCCAAUGAAAGAUGCAUCGCUAGAAGGAAAAUCAAGCCUGGUCGAAUCAUUUGAUAGCAAACUCUCUCUUCGCACUGUAUGGGAAAACGGAACUGAAACCUCCAUGAGACCUUUGAUCACGGGUGGAAAAAACAUAGGCAAGGCGCCGGAGAGUUGGGCAGAGAAAAAGGUCAUACAAAAGAUGAAACUGAAGCUUCCUAAAGACAGCGAUGAGCACGUGGCGAUUGAGUAUGACGAGGGAAACCAUGAUAAGCUUGUUGAACCAUUUGACAAGUCACCCGGGUAUUUCAAGCCAAUAUUGAGACAACAAAAUGCAAAGGAAAAUGAGACAAUCGAGAACAGCGACAAUGAACUAGAAUCCAUCAUGUUCGACGUUACUGGAGGCACUGGCAGUUCUGCCUCAAAACAGGUGCAGCUUAUUAGAACGGAAAUGACGUCAUCAAACGAGGCUAACUCCCCCUGGAGUAUUCCAGUUCGAAACAGAAACAACCCGAGAGCCAUCUCCCCUCUGGUUGUACAAGAGCAGGAUAGUAUAAUGGUGCUAUCAGACGAUGAGUCACAACGACAGACCACAGUGGUACAUCACACCAUCACACCUAUAGUCGGAGCCAUUUCCCCUUUGAGACCAAUAUCACCUAGACAACCAUAACUAUGGACAUGACAAUCACUGUAUAAUCUUAAUAUAUAGCAUCAGUCCAUGAUAUGAAUUGAUGUACAUUAUGUAUGAAAAUAUGCGUAUUGUGGCAACUAUUAUGUUAAAAGGGCCCAGUCUCUAGUAAUUUUCAUCAACUUUGAAACUGUUGAAAAGAAAUGAAUUAUCUUCUCAAUUAUACAGUAUUAUUUUGCUUUUAUCUAGAAAUUCAAACAUAAAACAAUAAGCUACCAAUGCUUGGGUAUAAAACUGGGAGCAAAAUCAUUGAAAGAUGCGUACAACAUUUUAAAGUCAGAUUUAAAAAUGGAACGAUGACACCAGUCCCAACUCUCUUGCUUUACUUGUCCAAUCAUCCCUUGCCAAAUAGCAUCCACAUACGCAGCGUCUGCCGGUAAAUGCGGACCUCCCGUGUAAUAAUCGCCAAUUGUCCACGAAUAGUACGGUCCCAGGCUUUAGUUUCAACCAGAACUCAUUCUGGGGGUUCUGAAUUUCAUUCGCGAGUAACUUGUUCGCUUCAUAGAACUUUGGCAUAUCCUCUUGAUCAAUGGUGUUCAAACUUGCACGAUCGUACGUGUUAAACCGCAAAGCUAUCGGUUCCUUUGUAAUUGGAUGUACGUUUAUGAUGCUAUCAAGGCUUUUGAUGUCGAUCCCAGGUUCGACAUAUUCAUGAACAAUAGAUGUCUCUACGAGGAAAUCAUAUGCCCAUUUAUGGUUACGCCUGAGUGUUUCCAGUGCUUUGAACCCAUCAACCAGUAACGUUUCACCCCCAGCACCGGUGUGUUCUAAGAGGUGGAAUACUUGAAUUCCCGCACCUUUCAAAAAAUAACACGUGUCGUUAUGGGCACCUAAGGCCAAAUUAGUGUAUGCCGUGUCGCUGUGUUCCAGAUCGUUCGUGAAACUCCACAUAUGACCAAAUAAGGAGUUCUGUAUGAUGCAGAGUCUUUCGGCAGUUUUGGCAGUGUCAUCAAUCGAUGUCUGACAUCCGUGAACCAAACCAUAGCCAUAUCGGAGUACAUUCUCCAGUAGCACUUUCAGGCUUUCAUCAUUUGAUUUGUCCAUAUAUUUUUCAUAUUCAACAGCUUUGAUAUCGAUUUCUUUUAUAGUGUUAGCGUCCCAAAGCGUCUGCACCGACUUUGACUUAGGAUACUUGCCAGCGAAUAUAUUUUUAGAAUCCGUCAACCAUGAAUAUGUGAACUGUGAUUGGUGGCCAUCUGGCCAUGUGAUAUGCAACACAUGAUCGUUAACAUCCGGAUCGAAGGUCAAAGCUGCAUUAUUGGGCCGAAUAUCAAGAUCAAUAGCGUUAGUUUCGAAUAGUCUCUGUGAGGUUGUGUGAUGAUAACACGAGUCACAUCUA